AUGUCCGAUGAAGAUCCUUGGCUCGCCAGGGACAAACUCUACCAUUUCCUCUUCUGUCUAUUCCUCACCCUCUUCUUCUCCAAACUCGCCUCCGUAACUCCCUACUCGUUUCUGCGCCGCCACUCGAUUUGGGUCGGUUCCAUCCUUUCCCUCCUGGCUGGCGCCGCCAAAGAGGCUGCCGACCACCUCGGAAUCUUCCCUUCCGCCGGUGCCUCCGCCAAGGACGCUGUUGCCGAUCUAAUUGGCGUGUUAGUCGCCGCCUUCGCUCUCUCGAUCUGCAGAAGCUCAGUAGGAUCAGAUCCCCCUUCGGGUUCGACCCGGCGAGCUCUCCCUGUUUAG